AUGUCAAACCUCGUCCUUGUGCUCCCUCCCACAUUCGAACAUCAUUACUCGGGAAUCGGUAUAUCUACCAAUGCACCACGAAUAUCCUGGCGCUUCCGGAGUACCAGUGCAGAUGUUGGCACUUGGAAUCAAAAGUCGGUUGAGAUACAAGCAUUCAAAGGCCAUGGAAUACCUGUCUCAGUAUACCAUUAUGAUUCUCCAAAGUCGGUCCUGGUGCCUUGGCCGUUUGAGCCUCUCGAAUCUAGGCAGAUAGUUCAAGUGAGGGUUCGCGCCAUUGGAGGACGAGAUGACCAAUAUCAUCAAACUGAGUGGUCGCCUUGGUCGACCGUUGAGGCUGGCUUGCUGGAACGAGAUUGCUGGGAAGCACAAAUGAUCACUUCAUUAAACGUCGAAAAGUCGAACGGCAUGGCUGUGAGACCAAUCCGAGUCCGCAGGCUAUUUAAUCUUCCGAACGAUUCUGGCGCCAUAGUCAAGGCCCGCAUCUAUUCUACUGCUUUUGGGGUAUAUCAAGCACAUCUGAACGGUUCCAUUGUUGGCGAUCACAUAAUGUCACCUGGAUGGACAAGCUACCAUCACAGAAUUUGCUACCAAGUCUUUGAUGUGACAAAUCUGCUCCGGCCAGGCCGGUCAAAUGUUCUCGGUUUCGAGGUAGCGGAAGGGUGGUACGCAGGCCGCAUUGGUUGGGGUACCAAGGCGACUUACGGCACUACUAUCGGUAUAUUUGCGCAGUUAGAGGUCAAAUUCGAGAGCGGUACAAAGUUCAUUCUGGCUACUAAUCAAGGGUGGGAAUCUUGCCCCAGUCCUCUUAUUAGAAGCCAGAUAUACGAUGGCGAGACAUAUAGCGCGAUGGAAGAUGAUCUAGGAUGGAGUAGCCCCGACGGCCUUAGUGCUAUUGACAGUGAAUGGACUGCGGUGCGAAUGCUGGAAGAACCGCGGACGACAUUCAUCUCUUCGGACGCUCCACCUAUCAGAAUCACCGAAAAGAUUGCGCCUACCCGCAUAAUCUCAUCCCCAACUGGAAAAACAAUACUUGACUUUGGACAGAAUCUCGUUGGUAAAUUGCACAUCAAAUCUCUCAAUGGCCCGGCUGGCCAUAGACUCAAAUUCACUCACGCUGAAGUGCUAGAGAACGAGGAGUUAGGCACUCGGCCUCUUAGGAGCGCAAUGUGCUUGGAUGAAAUAGUGACUUCUGGUCAAUGUAUCAAGGACUGGACUCCUAAAUUUACAUUCCAUGGAUUUCGCUACGUGCAGAUUGAAGGCUGGACUGCUGAAGCUGGAGUUUCUCCACCACUGGACUUGAAUGCCAUCACCGCUCUUGUUACUCAUAGCGAUAUGGAACGUACGGGGACUUUCGAAUGCUCUCAUCCCUUAGUCAAUAAGCUGCACCAAAAUAUCGUCUGGAGCAUGCGCGGAAACUUCUUCUCAAUCCCAACUGACUGUCCUCAGCGCGACGAGCGACUGGGAUGGACUGGAGAUAUACAGGUUUUUGCUCCCACAGCGAACUUCUUGUAUAAUACUACCGGAUUCUUGAGUUCCUGGCUACAGGAUCUUGCUGUUGAGCAGAAAGGCCGUGGUGGAGUGCCCCCUCUUGUUGUUCCAAAUGUUUUGGACUCAGUCUACCCUGUAGUUCCUCAAGCAAUAUGGGGCGAUGCUGCGGUGUUAACGCCAUGGGAUGUUUAUACUGCAUCAGGAGAUCUAGAGAUUCUACGGAAUCAGUACGAGAGUAUGAUGCUCUGGGUCGAUUCUGGCAUACGCCGCAAUUCGGAUGGAUUGUGGGUAGACGAUCUUUGGCAGCUUGGUGACUGGCUGGAUCCAAAGGCACCACCGAAUGAGCCAGGAGAUGCUCGAACUAGUGCAGUUAUGGUGUCAGACGCCUAUCUUGUCCAUGUAACGUUCAAGAUAGCUGAGAUUGCCACACUGGUUGGAAACCAUCGCGACUCCACGUCCUAUUACGCAACGGCUGAACAUCUCAAAAAGGCGUUCCACCAUAAGUAUGUGGCCCCGUCUGGUUUUCUAGUAAGCGACACCCAAACAGCAUUAUCUCUGGCUAUUGUCUUCCAUCUGUAUGAUAGUCCGUUGCAGCUAGAAGCUGCUGGUAACCGUCUGGAGCACCUGGUACGUAUCAGCAAAUUCCGAGUCGCGACUGGCUUCGUUGGCACAUCUAUCAUACUACAUGCUCUCACCUUGGUGGGCCGCGAGCAAGUCGCAUACCGUAUGCUGCAGGAGAAAAGACUGCCCUCUUGGCUCUAUCCGGUCACUAUGGGUGCGACUACUGUGUGGGAACGAUGGGACAGCCUUCUGCCGGAUGGGUCCAUUAACCCUGGCGAGAUGACCAGCUUCAAUCACUAUGCACUGGGAUCCGUUGCUGAUUGGCUUCAUACCGUAGUGGGUGGCAUUCGCCCAAAAGAGGCGGGCUGGAAGAGUUUCUUUGUGGCUCCACGACCAGGAGGUACUAUUCGAAAUGCCAAAGUUACGUAUGAGAGCCCAUAUGGCCGCAUUGAGUGCAGUUGGUUUCUCAAGGAAGCAGGCGAAGCUCGCCGGUUCGAGUUAAAUGUAUUAGUGCCGCCUAACUCUGAGGCCUGGGUGAUGUUACCUGACACUGUACGAGAGGAAUCGGAUAAACAUGUUAUCGUAGGAAGCGGGUCGCACACGUUCUUUUGCGAUUUGUCGGCAAAGGACUGGCCUUUGACAGCUAUCAAGACUUACCUUUGGGAAAAUGCAAGAGAAGCAGGUUAUAAGCCCACUGGAUCUCUAACGAUCAAUCAGUACAAGCAACGCUACGGUCGCCAUAUUCCAGCUCUCAUCCAUUGA